AAGUAGGUCCCUAAACAAGCGCAAGCUAAAUUAUGCGCGCAAAAAUUGCGGGCCUUAUUUUUACUUCGGCAUUUCAAUUAUGUCAUCUUCUAAUCACGCAUUUAUACUAGCUAUUCGGUAGUUUCUGAGCCACUGCCGUAGUCGAUCGGGGACAGCCGUCUCGACCGCACAUACCGCACGGUGUCUCGUUACAUUACGCAAGUAAAUUUGCGGAAGCUGCAGCUUUCGACCGACGAACCUAUGGAAGAACUAGAGAGCCUUGUGCCACACGAUGCAAAGCGGGAGUUGGUGUUUUUCGUCAACGGGAAAAAGGUCGUGGAGCCACACCCUGACCCGGAGGCGACUCUGCUGUGGUACCUGAGGAAGAAACUCCUCCUCACUGGAACCAAGUAUGGCUGCGGCGAGGGCGGGUGCGGCGCCUGCACUGUUAUGGUGUCCCAGUACUUGCCGCGUGAAAGAAGAAUCAAACACAUAGCUGUAAACGCAUGUUUGACCCCGGUGUGCGCGAUGUAUGGUUUGGCGGUAACCACAGUGGAAGGUAUCGGAUCGACACAAGAUCGCUUACAUCCGGUCCAAGAGAGAUUAGCCAAAGCACACGGCUCACAGUGUGGCUUUUGCACGCCAGGAAUCGUAAUGUCCAUGUACGCAUUGCUCAGGAACAAAGACAAAAUUGAUUAUGAAGAUAUGGAUGCAGCUUUACAAGGCAACCUUUGCCGAUGCACCGGCUACCGGCCUAUUAUCGAAGGAUUCAAAACGUUUACAGAAGGAUGGGAAAGAAAUUAUGCACCAAACAUGAAAUCUCCUUGCAUGAUGGGCGAUGAAUGCUGUCGAGUUAAAGGUGCUGAAACAACUAGUGAAAACGAUAAGUUAUUUAACAAAUCAACGUUUGUGCCAUAUGACCCAAGUCAAGAACCAAUAUUUCCGCCUGAACUUAAACUUUAUGAAAGUUACAAUAAAGAUUAUCUAUAUUUUAAGGGUGAAAACGUUACAUGGAUUAGACCAACAAAGCUAGAUCAACUUUUGAAGAUAAAAAAUAAAUAUGAUCACAGCAAAAUCGUCGUUGGUAACACAGAGAUAGGUGUAGAAGUUAAAUUUAAGAAGAAAAUAUAUCCCAUACUCUUAUCACCGGUCAAUAUAGAAGAAUUAAAUUUCUGUAGACUCAACGACGAUGGAAUUGAAGUUGGCGCUGCGUAUUCUUUAUCAGACCUGCAAAUAUUUUUGAAAAACAAUUUGACGAAAUUAGCAAGCAAAGGAAAAGUUUACGAAACUAUUAUAGAGAUGCUGCACUGGUUUGCAGGCAAUCAGGUUCGCAACGUGGCUUCACUUGUGGGUAAUAUUAUAACAGCCAGCCCAAUAUCUGAUUUGAAUCCAAUUUUAAUGGCAUGUUCUGCCACUGUUAACAUUUCUAGUUCUAAAGGACAAAGGAAGGUGGUAAUCGAUGAAAAUUUCUUUAGAGGUUACCGAAAAACGGCGGUUAAUGACAAUGAAGUGGUGACGUCAGCUGAGAUCCCAUUCAGUAAAAAUCACCAGUUUUGUAAGGCUUAUAAACAAGCUAGGCGAAAAGAUGACGAUAUUUCAAUAGUAACGGCCGCAUUCAAUGUAACGUUUGAAGAUAAUUGUCAAGACGUAGUUUCAGAAGCACGAUUGUGUUAUGGUGGAAUGGGGCCAAUGACGAUACUAGCUAAACAUACAUCUAAUUUAAUUAAAGGUCUUAAAUGGGAUGAUAAAUUAUUGGAGGUGGUUUACGAUUCAUUGACAAAAGAAAUGGAAUUAGGAAUAUCAGUUCCUGGAGGAAUGGCCGACUAUCGCAAGUCUUUGUGCCUUAGUUUAUUUUACAGGUAUUACUUAUUUGUGUCACAAAAUCUAAAUAAACCCAACGGUUACAAAAUAAGUCACAACAACAAUCACAUAAGUGGUGCUAGUGAAAUCCCUAUUCUGCCAGCUAGCAGUUCACAAUACUUUGAGAUCAAAGAAAGCAUAUCGUUGUCUGAUUCUGUAGGAAAGCCCAUACCACACGCGUCAGCUUUUAAACAAGUAACCGGGGAAGCAAUUUAUUGUGACGACAUUCCAAGUGUUGACGGUGAACUAUAUUUGAGUUUAGUUUUUAGCACAGAAGCACAUGCCCGAAUUAAAUCUAUAGAUGCCACUAAAGCGUUAUCUCUGCCUGGUGUAGAAGCAUUUCUCUCUGCGGCUGAUUUAGACGAUGAAUGCAAUAAACUAGGCCCUAUACUCAAAGAUGAAGAAAUAUUUUCUAAGGAAGUCGUAACUAGUCGAGCUUGUGUCAUUGGUGCUAUAGUUGCUAAGACGGAAAAGAUAGCAAGACGAGCAAAAGAGUUAGUCACUGUUGUAUAUGAACAACUAGAACCAGUUAUUGUCAGUAUAGAAGAUGCUAUAAAGCAUAAUUCAUUUUAUACUGAUCACCCACGCGUGUUAAAGAAGGGAGAUGUGAAGAAUGUAUUGGAUAGUCAUAGCAACGUCAUAAAAGGCGAAGUCAGAACUGGAGCACAGGAACAUUUUUAUCUAGAAACAAUAUCUGCUUAUGCCACGAGGAGAGAAGAUGAACUUGAAAUUAUUUCCACUACACAAAAUCCUGCUGAAAUUGCGCAAUAUGUAUCUAAGGCUCUACGCAUACCCAAUCACAAAAUUGUAUCGAAAGUGAAACGCAUCGGAGGUGGAUUCGGAGGGAAGGAGACAAGAGCUUCAGUAUUAGCUGUUCCUGUGGCCAUCGCGGCUCAUAAGCUGAAGAGGCCUAUCAGGGCAGUGUUAGACAGAGAUGAAGAUAUGCAGGUCACUGGCUAUCGACACCCCUGUCUGAUAAAGUAUGAGGCCGCGUUUGAGGACGAUGGGAAGAUAAGAGCAGCUGUUUUCGAUAUUUACGUCAAUGCUGGAUACUCCAUGGAUAUAUCGUGUUCUAUGGUUGAAAGAGCAAUAACACACGUAGACAACUGUUACUACAUUCCAAACGUUGAAGCAAGAGGCUACCUGUGCAAGACUAAUAUGCCCACUAACACUGCAUUUAGAGGAUUUGGAGCGCCUAAGGCGAUGUUAGCAGCUGAGUGCAUGAUCAGAGAUGUAGCAUCAGCCUUAAACAAGAGCUAUGAAGACGUGUUGACUGUUAAUCUCUACAAAGAAGGCGACCUCACGCCCUACAAUCAGACUUUAACUUACUGCACCAUACCAAGGUGCUGGAAGGAAUGUAUCGCACUAUCUCAGUAUUGGGAAAGAAAAAAGGAAGUAGAAGAAUUUAAUCGCUCACACAGGUGGAAAAAGAAGGGCAUCGCUAUGGUUCCUACGAAAUACGGUAUCUCAUUCCAAUCAGAUGUUCUGAAUCAAGGAGGAGCAUUGCUACUGGUGUAUAACGAUGGCUCAGUUCUGCUAUCGAUUGGAGGCAUUGAAAUGGGACAAGGGCUGUUCACAAAGAUGAUCCAAGUGGCGUCCAGAGCUUUAAACGUGGAUGUUGAUAAAAUACAUAUCAGUGAAAUGUCUACGGAUAAAGUGCCGAAUAGUUCUCCCACUGCCGCAAGUAUCAGUUCAGAUCUCUAUGGUAUGGCGGUGAUAAACGCUUGUAAUGUAUUGAACGAAAGAUUAAAACCAUACAAAGAUGUAAAUCCUACAGGGAAAUGGGAAGAUUGGGUUUCAGCAGCGUAUGUGGACAGGGUGCAUCUUUCGGCAACAGGAUUUUACGCGGCACCUAAGAUAGAAUUUGAUCCAAAAACUAGCUCUGGCACUCUAUUUGAGUACUUCACGUACGGCGUUGCUUGCUCGGAGGUGAUCAUCGAUUGUCUGACUGGUGAUCACCAGGUGUUGAGAACUGACAUAGUGAUGGAUGUGGGUGAAAGUCUGAACCCGGCUAUUGAUAUAGGUCAGAUUGAAGGGGCUUUUAUGCAAGGAUACGGAUUCUGCACCAUGGAAGAAAUGGUAUUCUCGCCAAAAGGAGAGGCCUUAUCUAGAGGGCCUGGUGCUUAUAAGAUACCCGGAUUCUCGGAUAUACCAAAAGUAUUUAAUGUGUCCCUACUUAAGGGAGCACCAAACCCUAGAGCAGUUUAUUCUUCCAAGGCUGUCGGAGAACCGCCACUGUUCCUGGCUGUGUCUGUAUUCUUCGCCAUCAAGGAGGCCAUAGAAUCAUCUCGCUUGGAAGCAGGAGUGCCCGAGCACUUCACUCUAAACCUGCCCGCGACUUGCGAGCGAAUUAGAAUGGCCUGCGAGGAUCGGAUUACGCAACAGGUCAAACCUUCAAUAAAGCAAGAUGGACAGCCAUGGAACGUAAUUCCUUAGUGUUAAAUAUUUUUUAUACAGUUAAUUUAUUUUUGAAUUCUUAUAACUAUCCCUAUAUCGAUAUUAAAAAUUGAUUUUCGUAGUAACAUUUACUACUUCAUCUGAUCCAAUACGCAUUUGUGUUAAGUAGAAAACUACUAAUUAGAUUUAUUAAGUUAUCUUAUCAUUAUGGUUAAUACAUAUCUACAUGCAUACGUACUUACAUGUAUCAUUUAUUGUUAAAAAUCUUUUAUCUAUUGUUGAUUUGAUAUGAACAAGCAUGUUUAUGAAACACUUAUUAAUAUAAA